UUCGCGCCACACGCACGCCAGCCAGUUCUCAUCCGAACCGCGUCAGUUGAGGUCGUUCGCUGUGAGCUCACGUGCGAAGUUUACUAUCGCGAAAGGAUUCCCCUUUGUCCCAAUCGAGGACCCGCCCGCGUAUUAUGUUUCCGCGCGAGACCCGCGACCAGCCCCGGCCCACUGAAGUGCCGGAAGUGCAGCGUGAAUCGCGUCGAAAUCUGAAAUUCUGCGACGGCUACCCCGCGAAACGCGUUCGCCGGGCGAUUUGAAGUUGUGUAUCGGUGUUUGGACAGUGCUGUGUGGACUGAAGAGACGAUGUCGACAGGCAAGCGGCUGGCGAAGCGGUCCAUCAUAGGGACCCGCGUCGCGGCCCUCGGGGAGGACGGUUUAUACUACUCGGGGAUGAUUCAGGCAGUGAAGACGCCGGCUCCUUUCCCGGAGAACAACAACUGUAUUAAUCUGACGCCGAAUACUCGUUAUACCGUGCGUUUCGAUGGUGGCAAGUUGACCCGGGAGUACCGUGAUGCGGAGCUGAUCGGGCCGGGCUUCCGCGGCAUGGCGGGGGUGCGGCUGCGGCCCGGCCAGCGCGUGUACCUGACCUACAACGGGCGCGAGGUGCGCGCCGACGUGCAGAGCCACGACCACGACACCGACGAGCUCGGCGUCCUCGUGCAUGCGCCUGCCGCCGAGGCGCCAAUAGAGCUGAAAAAGAGGCUAGAUGAGAUCAGGCUGCUGGAGUCGCGUAAGUCGGCGCGCUUGGCCGACGUGGACACCGACUUCGCCCGGCUCGCCGACAUGGCCGGCGACCGCCGCCGUGUCUCCGCCACCAUCGAGGUGCCGACACAUCCCAUGCAAGGGUCACGCAAGAGAGGUCCCAGCAGCUCCUGCGACCUCGGCUACGGAGAGCGUGAUGAACAGAUGAAUGAGUGCAACGCUGCGCUCGUACUGAUGUCACUGAGCUGCUCUCCAAACUCGCCGCGGCCCAGUGCAUGGGGCGGUCGCUCGUCAGUGUCCCCUGGUGCCAGCAGCAGCUCAGGCUCGUCAUGGCGUUCAGGGACACCUUCUCCACCGCCGGCAUCCUCCUCCUUCAGCGACGAGGGGAUCGCCAUGGAUUAUGAAGAACUGCCUCCCCGCAAGAAAAGGAUUAACAGUGUUGUGUAUCAGUGCACUUGGCGCGGCUGCGGGCACACCACCAACACUUGCGUCGCCAUCGAAACUCACAUCAGAAGCGCCCAUUUAGGGCCAAAGAAGGAGGGAGAGAGCGACCAUGAGGAGGAGUUCUACUACACAGAGCGCGAGGUGUCGACACCAGCGCCCCCACCCACGCUGUCCCACCGAGACAUGUGCCGGCCACCGCACGAAGACCCAGAGUACCAAAGGCAACUCGUUGGCUCAUUUAGGCAAGGAUUGCUCUCAACCAUGCAGAACGGGUCAGCGAGGCCUAUAAGCAUUCCUGUAUCGCAUUCCUGGUCCAACUCACAUUCACCGAAGCAUAUGAGGCUCUCUGGUGCAAACGGGUCCCCGGGCAGCCCUGGCAGGCGGCCGCGCUCCGACAACAAAAAGUGCCGCAAAGUGUACGGCAUGGACCAACGCGACCUCUGGUGCACCCAGUGCAAGUGGAAGAAGGCUUGCACGCGCUUCGGCGACUAGCGCGCGCGCCGGUUCUGCGUGCGGUACACGCCGCUCAGAAACUGCUACUGAUGACCUCGCGGAAUAGACAAUCGCGAGUGCCGAACUCACCGAGUGCGAGUCGUGAUUACAAUAAGUUAGAAUAACAACUUUUUAUUUGAAAAUGUUAAUUUAACACUAAUAUAAAUCAUUAUAUUGGAUAUGAAUUGCGAAGGAGACAUAUUUUUGCUCUUCAAAUGUGGCUCGUUUUGUCAGCAUUGCCCACGUAUUUUUGUAGCGCAGUAGAUUCGCCUUUACUGUGACGUGACAGCGGAGUCGUGUGUCGCUCUCGGCUGCAGACUGUGAAUAUUAGCUCUAAGGAUUAUGUUUAAGGCUUGACUGACGCGGAACAGUCUGAAAACAUUUCAAAUGUCGCGAGGCGCAGAUGAACUUAAUACUAAUUAAUAUACAUGGUAGAGACGAGAAUACCGCAAUAAUCGUACUUGUUACGUCACUCGCAGAUUCAUAAUCAAUCUAACUUAUGCAAAAGUUUAGUCACAGGAUAUAAUUUUCCAAUAAUUAUUACCAUUUUCUAUUAGAAUAGGUAGGUACCUAUAUCAGUGACGACCUCACACUUCAGACCGAAAUAAAGUAUUAUGUCUUUGUUUUUAUUUAUUGUCGUUUUGUUGUCUCCACCCUGUAAGAUUAAUAAUCAUGAAGACUAUUGAGAUCAGAUUCAUGCUGCGUAUUGUAGCGAUUACUAUCCAUAAAACAUAAAUUCCAACUAGGUAUAAACGUUUACUGUCAACAGUUUUAUAACUACUUUCGUUUCUAAGUCUGAUAAACACUUUUUCAGCCAAAAAUACUAUACUAUCUAUCUAUAGUUGUUAAAUGAAAAAUAUUAUUUUUAUAUUAAUACAUACCACUAUUAAGUGUCUACUCUUGAUAUAGUCGCUACUGUAAGAUGCAAGUAGGUAAUAUUUUUGUACAUGACUGUCCUUGGCUUCGUUGACGCUUCAAGUAGAGAAAACUAUUCCAGCAUUAUGAAGUCAGUAUAUUCCGUCCACAUUUUCGAAUGUGCUUCAGAAAGUGCUACGUGGUCGUGCGCAUUGAAAUGUUUUCACACUGUCCUCGCUGGGCGGGGAAGCGCGAGGGCUCGCUCGCUCGUCCCGCUCCCUCGCCCAGCUGAUUCUCGACUCGGUAAAAUAUUCCAGUCGACAAUACUUCAGUGAUAUUAUUAAUCACUUAAUAUGAAUGUAUAUUGACUGAAUUAUUAGAUAAUAAAUAAUGAAACAAAACUAUGUAUAUGAAUUAAUCUUUAAGAAUCAAUUCGACUAAAAGACUACUUAAAAAUGUAAAAGAUUAGAUUUAAAAUUUUAUGAACAUAUCUGUCUUUAGAAAGGGAAGACAAUACUCAGCGUCGCACGCGCAGCGUUCGCAAGCCGCGGGCCACGCGCAAGCGCACUGCCGACCGCCGCGGACGAGGAAAGCGACAUCUGCGCCUUUAUUGCGACCGCGAGAUGAGAACAACUAAUACUAUCCAAUCGGAUAGCUAUUCCAAGCAACGAUGUAAGUUUCUUUUGACUAGUUUGACUAAAGAUUAAGCAUAUACCGCCAAUGUCGCAAACAUCUCAUAUUUGACUACUAACAUAAAGGAGCAGAGUCGAAUGCACGAGAAUGGAAAUUGACGGAAACAUCACGGUUAAGACCCCGCAAUGGUAGAAACUUAUACAUCACAUGUGAAUGUAUCGGUGUGAUCACGGAAUGGAUAUUUGUACAUAUUGGACAUUUCUUUAUAGAAAGGUUGGGACCGACACCGGCACCUACGUCCAAUACCGCCUACUGUACAUGUGAUAUGAGAAUCGGAAUGUGAGACAUACUUUAAGAGUCUAUGAAACAAAGUGAAGGCGAUGCGAGCUGCAAUAUUAUAUUGUAAGUAUUAUUAAAACGAUGAUUAAAUUUGUAAAUAUAAAUAUUGUAAUUAUUAUAAUAUCGAGGAAUAUAUUAUAAAGUUAAACUUUACAAGCAAUGUGUAAAAUAUAUAUAAAACUAUUAUUAGUAUUGUUACUUACUGAGUUAAUGUGAUCGUUUAAAUUUAUUUUGUACGGUGGCAUUAUUAGGAUAACGUGUUUGGAAAUUGAGAUAGUAUAAAUAAAAGCAAUAAACACGUUCGAAUCUAGUUUGCGUUGAGCACAUCACAGCGCGGUAUUUCAGAUCAAUGUGUAAGUUACCUACUCCAACACUCGAUUUCUUACGUAAUACUCGUAAUAAGUCGAUAUGAAAUAUUUUUAAUAAAUCCAAAAUUCUACAAAAUUACAGAUUGUUAACAAAGUGCCAAUCAAGAUUAUGACAUUAUUUUUAAUGAUUUUUAUAUGUCUCGUUCUGUUAGAAUUCCUUUUUAGGUUCUCUAGGUCGACGUGUAAAACCCUAAACCGUAGUUACUUCAAAUUAAUGCAUCGAUUUUAGUUUAAGCUGAUGCUGGCCAUGCUACGAGCAGAGCUUGGGCUUGUGGAGUCAAUAAUAGUGGGCGACGUUGCUAGGCCUAUAACCGGUGCUGACUCACAAGAUUUAUUAACGCACAACUAUGUUAAAUUGCACUUCUGUGACCAAACGUGAAACUAAACAGUCCGGUGCAACGACAAAAUCCGAGUAGCAUUGGCAUAAGCAUAAACGUUGAUUUUAAUAAAAAAUGCAAGUACAGAAAGCAGUCGUAGGUUAGAUUAGAUCGUAAAAAUCAACCAGUCAAUUUACAAAGACCAAACACCUAGUUCACUGUUGUCGCGAUCCCGCUAAUAAUGCUAUCUUUAUACGUAAACUAAAGAAACUGUUGGAUUAGAUAUACCUUUAUUGAUAAUGCUCACGGAACAGUUUCACCAAACAUGUGAUAAAUCCGUUUACAAAAUGUGAUACUGUGAUCAAUCAAAAAUAUUAAUACUUACUUCAUAAAGAAAUGCCCACAUUCACGAUUUAUGUAAUUUAGAUCUCAGCCAAUAAGAUAAUAACAGAUAGAUCUGACAUCAAUUUAAAGAUUGUCCGUAACGAGAACACAUUAUGUUCCUACGCAUAAUAAAAGCUAUUUUCAAUAAAAUAUGUCUUGCGUUCGUUAUUUCAGAGAUUGUUUUAUUUUGUAGAAAGUUAGUAUUUAGAAGAUUCUCAUACAUUCAAAGUAAUUUUUAUCUACUAAAACCGUCAAAAAUAUAUGCGUAGCAAAAAAUUAAACUCUAUUUUAAUAUGCUUCAAAGACAUAUUUUUGGAACCGAAUUUCUUAAUUAUAAAUUCAAUAUCAUAUAUCACAACGAAAAUACAUCAGGAAAAUAUCUUGCCAAAAAUCAAAUUUGAAAUGUUGCAGGGUGUUUAUCGCGUAUUAUACCUCUGAAAUGUUUCGGAUUACACAACACUUCGAAAAUAUGUUUAAUGUAUGUAUUACUUUACGUGACGUACCUGCGAAUAUUACCAAAUAUACAUUUUCAUUGCAAUAAUGGUUGUGAUAAAAACAUCAUAAAUGUUGUCAUUUUAGCAAAUCACUCACUUGCGUUUGAAGCAACGAAACACCGCGCUCCAAAAACCAAAAUGAUCACUAAAGUUAGUUUGUACGAAUAUCUUUAGCAACAACUCAGCUAGCGAUUUGACAACUGCCAUAUUGUAAGGAUCUAGAUUUAACAACAGAAUAGAUUUUAAUAUAGGAA